AUGCCCCUUAAGCUCUACGCCUCGCCACUCUCGUGGAACUGUCUACGGCCUGAACUAGUCCUCGCCGAGAAAGGCGCCACGGACGUGGUCCGCAUUCCGGCCGACCUCAUUCGCGGCACACAUAAGACGGCCGGCUUUGUCGAAAAGUCCCUCUUCGGCAAAGUGCCGUUGCUUGAGGAUGAUAGCGUUGGUGGUAUAGGUGACGGUGCUGCUGGUCUCGUGCUCUUCGAAUCCCGCGCCAUCUCCCGCUAUCUCUGCGAAAAGUACGCUGGCGUGGGUCCGAGGUUGAUUCCUCCUUUCGCGGGCGAGGGUCAGGAUUCGGAUCACGACCGGACUCGAGCCCUCGCAUCUCGAGCGAUCUGGGAAAUGCGUCUCGCGGUCGAGCCCAUCGAGUUCGACGUGCACGUCACCCCGGUCAUCAGCGAGAUGAUCAUUGCGCCCGCGCUGGGAAAACCGUCGGACGAAGCGGUCCUCGCUCGCCACCGGCCUAAACUCGACAACUGUCUGGAUGUGCUGGACAAGGCGUUGGCCACGAUGCCAUUCAUGGGUGGUGAGGAGUUCAGUCUCGUAGACAUUGUGUACAUGCCGUGCAUAUGCGUGGGGAGUAAGUGCGUGGAUGUCUUUUCUGGGCGGCCGAACCUGGCGCACUGGUGGGAGAGGGUUAGUGCAAGGGAAGGAUGGAAGAAGGCUGUCAAGCCGAUGGAUGAGGCCUGGGAACGGGUUGUGCCGGGAUGGAAGGGCCAGAGUGCAGGUUUGGCUGGUGAUGGAAAAGGGGGUGAUGGAGACAACAGGGCUCAUCUCUGA